AUGGGUAUCCGACUAGAUGUCAAUCUCUUCGAUUACAACGGGGGAAAAGCCAAGAAGACCAAUUGCGUCCCCUUGAAAGACUUUGAGAUCUCCAAAAAGAAUCUCAGUGAUAUACGAGCGGUUUUGAUAGACAAUGGAGGUCUUGAUGCCAGCAAAGCAGGAAUUGCCUUCUGUACACCGAAUGGUGCUCUGGUGAAUGAUUCCACGUCAUUUGUAGAUUACAUGGAGAUUCUAUCCGACGAUGUGGAAGAAGAGGAGAAGGAAGAGGAGAUGAAGAAUGAGGGGGAGGAUGCAAAGGAAAAAUCCGCCAAAUCCGUCAGAUCUGCUAAAGCUACGGUCCAUAAUGUUUACAUCAAGGGGAAAGAGAAAAAAGGCGGCGACCGGACGGCAGAGGCGAAGGAACUCAUCAAAAAAGAGCUGAACCUAAAGCUAAGUGACAAGCCUGAACUCCUUCAAACAUCGCUCGAUCAACUAGCGACCUCCUUCAACCGCGCAGACUGGAUGGCCACGGAGAAUAAGACAGCCAUGUAA